CGAGCAACACCCCUCAAGCCAUGUCCUUCGACGCCGUCCGCAACUACGCCCGCCACAUCCUGCGCCCGCUGGGCCUGCUCGACGAGGCGGCGCCGCUGCCGGCACGCCGCACGCCGGCACUGCCGCCGUCCACCUCUGCGGCGUGGCAAUCCUCGACCCACGCGUUCCUCGGCGCCUCGAACCGCAGUGUGCCCAAGAGCUGGCCGCUCGAGCGCUUCGACGACGAUCCCGCGGCCAUCGUCGAGGACCGCGCCCACGACAUUGUCUACGACCCGCAGUCGGCCGAGCUGCGCGCCGCCGCCGGCGCCGACUCGCCCGACGCCAGCUUCUGGCUGUACGAGCGCGAGCGCAAGCCGGCCGGCGCGCGCCCCGAGGAGGUGCCGGCGCCCUGGCUCGUCGCCAAGCGCUACACGCCCUCGCAGUCGGGCACCAGCGCCGCGCAGCAGCCCGGCGUCACGCUGCUGCUGCUGCCGGGCAUGGGCGUGCCCAAAGAGAUCUGCGAACCGCUCAUCAAGCUCAUGCUGCCGCAAUUCGCCGCCGCGGGCGUCAAGCUUGACGAGAUCUGGACGCUGGACAUGCCGAUGAGCGGCGAGACGGCUCUCGCCAAUCCGCGUGGCUACCUCUACGGCAACGAGAAGGACAUUGCGCGCGACGUACUGCACUUCCUCACGGCGUAUUUGCCUCUGCAGCCCGGCGGCAAGCUCGACGAGACGCUGCCGUACCGCGCACCUCAGGGCGACAAGGCUCAGCAGAUCACACGGCCCAACUUGCACGUGGCGGCCCACAGCCUGGGCGCCCAGUCUGCGCUGCUCAUUGCCGCACACGCUCCCGAGCUCUUCGCUAGCUUGACAGUCUUCGACCCUGCCAUCGUGCCUCCGGGAAAGAUCCUCGACGGCUUCAGCAAGCUGCCAAACGACGUGUUCUGCACCAUGCUCGGCGAGCGGUGGCCGAGCCGCAAGGCACUGCGCGAGGCGGUCAAGAAGAACAAGCGGAUGGGCGGCUGGGACGACCGGAUUAUUGACGCCUUCGUGGAGCGAGGCGUGGUGGAGGAGGCAGACGGCUCAUUGAGGCUCGCGGCGCCACCGCGCCUCGAGUGGGCCCUCUACUUCGACAAGGAGACGCCGAGCCACACCUUCGACCGCAUCCCCGACGUGCGCGUGCCGCUGCAGGCCGUGAUGCCGGCACGGCCAUUCGCCACGCCGCCCAAGCUCUUCCAGAAGAUCUUCGACGGCCUGCCGCAGCCCAAGCGGCUCGUGUGGGUCGACAACGUGACGCACCAGCUCUUCUACGAGCGGCUCGACGACAGCGCGGCGCACAUCGUGGGCUUCAUCAAGGAGCGCCAGGCAGGACAGAGCAAGGCGCGGUUGUGAUGAUCACGAAGAGCAAGGAUGUGCAAUGAUAAAGUUAUGAUGACGCUAGGCUGGUGUACAAUAACAUGAU